AUGGCAGACGUGGUGACCGAGCUAGGCACUUUCGGUGAGGCAGCACCGCUCAUUGGCGUUCGCUUCGCGGCCGUGGAUGGUGCGUCGGAAGCAGCACGAAAGGUGCAGGGCAGUUUCCUCGCGGAGAUCUCCAAAAAUACGGCUCUGCAGGCUGGUGCCGAGGCCCUCGCGGCUGCAAUAGGCGUUCCUGCGGAAGCUGUCACUUUGAUGCACGAAGGCCACACCUUGGACCUGUCGAAGUCGCUGCAAGAAAUAGACGAGAUCACGAUCCCGGGCGCCCGUGCACGACGAGAAGGCGAAAAGGCCAUCCGGCUUGCAUUCCGAUUGAGAUUCUUUGUGGCGUCUUUGUAA